AUGAUUAAUUAUGAGCAGAGAUACAUGGAUAAUAACCUUGAUAUUUGUCGGCUUGCUGAACUGCCAUACACAAAGGAAACCACUAGAAACUUAUUAAAACGACUAAUCACUGUUAAAACAAUCCAAAUAGUCUUCCUUUUCUCGCUUGUAAACAAAAUGUCAGAUGAUGAGGUUGAAAGAAAACGUCCUCGCGUUUCAGAUGAUGAGGAUGAAGACGAAGUUGACGACCCUGAAGAUGUCGAUGACGUCGAAGAUGAUGCCUCCGAAAGCGAUUCAGGUUCUAGCGAACAACCAAAAAGAAAGUCAGCUAGAACAUGGAAAAAGGCAAUAGUUAGGACUAGAAUAUAUAGUAGAAGUAUUGCUACUCCUAUUAUAGACAGUUGUUUGAUGCUAAGUAGAAAAAAUAACGUACAGGAGGACGAAUAG